GAGAGGCUUGGGCAGGUGAUGACAAAAAGUCGUGGAAAAACGAGAACUACAAGAAAAAAACAUCCUACCAUGAAGUCGAAGAUAAGAGUAAAAUAAAAGCAAACGGAACGACUAGCACGACAUGUGGCCACAAAGAGGACACAUCUUCUCGGUACGCGCCAUCCAAGGAUAAACAGCAGGACCGUGGACAUGCUGCUCGCGGUAAUUCUUCGAAGCAGUAUGCGCAUGAUUAUAUACUUGAGGAAAAAGACCACGGAAAAAAAGCUCCUCGUCCUGCUCAUGAUGACGAGAAGAAAAAGGAGACCAAGGACCAUUACAAAGAGAAGUCCCGUAGAGUGUAUAACGCUGAGCUGGAUUACAACGAUAAGCAGCAAAGCAGGCAUGAAAAGACUACGACUACGCGAGGACACGGUACAACUAGUAGAAGUACUAGAGAAGAAGAACGGGAGACCAGGGGACCUCAACGGAACAACAAAGAGGUAUCAAAGUCAAGUGUUGACAUUGUUCCUACCAGAAAGAGGCGGCUUAGCGAGGUUGAUAAAAACGGGAAGAGCUACACCGCUUCGACGUCAGCGGCACAUGACCACCAGACUAAUGCUGAUACGAUCACCAGAACAUCGAAUAAGCGCUACUACAACCACGACAUCACAACUUUGGAUCUAUCUCCCGCCAGCAGCACAGCAGGAGCGGGUGGUGAAAUCGUGAAACCAGCGAAAUUAAAGAAGGUCCAUGAUUCCUUCACUGGACAUGGUGGACAGGGUACGAAAGGAAACAAUAAGUCUACUGCUAAGUUUCCUCGAUUUGAAGAAAGACCAGAUCCACGACAACAAGAUCCACCACAACAACAAGCUGCUAGUAAAAAAGCUUCCAAAGGUAAAGGUAAAGACAGAGAGCAGACGAGCAAAAAUGCGUCCUCCGACAUCAAAGGUAAGCUUGAAGCGUAUAGGAACAAAAUAGAAGAGUCCGAAAUCGAAGAAAAACGGAAGGCUAGGGAAGCUUUGUUAGCUAAGACAAAAACUAAUGCCAAAAAUACACGAGGACGAGAACAAGAAGAUGCUGGCACCAGAGGACGGGUUUCAUCGCGCUUUGCUGCUGAAGAAAAAAAGACGAGCACUUCUAAAGGCUCUGGUAAGGGUAAGGGCAAGAAGAAGGGCAGAUGAAUAAUCAGAGACCGCAUGCUUGUUGUUGUUGAGUACUAUGCUGAUGAUGAGAAUGAAGACCCCCUUGAGAUCAUCCUUCAACCCCCGCCCCAUUCACUCAGCAGACGCAUAGCAGCAGAAUGCCGCUAGUACUUAUACUAUACCAACUACCCACGAUUGAAAUUGAAAGAUGUUCGUCCUCCCUCGGUGACUCGUACAACAUUAUUCCUAUUAUCUUCCCAUUGUUUAUUGCCUUGCGCGACCAACACAGACUGCAGUGUCAAUGAAGAUGAAGAUAGACCCAAUCCCAAACUCUCUUAUCUGUUGACAACCUUUCGAUGAUGCAUUAUGGAUUGAUCAACCCUCGCCUUUGUUCUUGUUCUUGCUCUCACCUCCAUUUUCAGGAUUUUAUCUGGUGCUGCGAUUCUGGGGGCUCACGGUGAGAAUAUCAGGAUAUCUGGAAAUGAAC